AUGGAAAAAUUCGCCGAGGAAUUCAUCGACGGAAAAACAACACAGGACACCAGAUCAGGCCUCAAGUCGGACGACCUUGACAGACCACCCAAAGAUUUCCUGGUUGAUCCAAAUUUCAAUGAAGCCGGCCGAUUGCGUCUUAUCGAGGAAGCUCGGUGUAAUAGGUUACAUAUGGAAGAGCAGCGGCGAGAAGCCGUGCAUCAGGCCAGAGAAGAAAUUGAAGCGAGAAUACCCACACUUCAGAAGCCAGCCAGCUCUGAGCGAGGAUCACAGUCGAAGAGAAGACGUCACCGCCAAAGAAGGAAUCAUGGCGGCCAAUCAAGGGCUUGGGCAUCUCAACCAUCCCUACUUUCGCAAGACCGGGGUACAAAUGCUCGACAACUAGGCUCUUAUGGAGCAGUCGAGCCAACAGAUGGUAUCCAAGGACAAUGGCUCCCUCAAGACGCUCAACCCGCGCCCACUUCCCCCGAGUUCAAUGAUUGA